GCAGAAGGAGGGGCACCUAUUCUCUCCUCCAUCAAGAUGACACACAUGAGAGAAUAAGACAGGACUCAUUUAGACGUCUGGCUGGAAUCAGACCGUUUCUCUCAGGGUGAGCCUUUCUGUUCCUUCAUUUCUGCCCUUCUCACUGCCAACGCCUGCCAGGGAAUUAGCACAGAUACCAUGCCGGAUUUUGCAGGAAUCUGGAAAAUGAAAAGCAGCGAGAAUUUUGAUGAACUUCUGAAAGCCCUUGGUGUGAAUGCUAUGCUCAGGAAAGUGGCAGUGGCCGCAGCUUCUAAACCUCACGUUGAGAUCCGUCAGAAUGGAGACCAGUUUUAUAUUAAGACAUCUACCACGGUUAGAACUACAGAGAUCCAGUUCACAGUUGGAGAAGAGUUUGAUGAGGAAACUGUGGAUGGCAGAAAAUGCAAGAGUUUUCCUGUCUGGGAGAAAGAAAAUAAGAUCUACUGUAAGCAGACUCUAAAAGAUGGGACAGGGCCCAAGACUUAUUGGACUCGGGAACUUACAGGAGAUGAACUAAUUCUGGUUUUUGGGGCAGACGAUGUGGUCUGUACACGGAUAUAUGUGAGAGCAUGAAUACAAAGUCAUAUAUGGUCUCACAUCCAUUCUAUACCCAUCAGUUAUGUAAGGAUCCUGCUACACCAGCUCAUCUGUUGUAUACUUUAAGGUUGAAAUAGUAUUGUCAUUCACUAGUAGAAUCAGACUGCGCUCUUACAAAAUGCAGUGUUUUAUAGUAGUGGUGCCCAAAGCUCACGCGGCAUGAAUUACCAAUGAUCCUUAAAAGCUCAGAGUGCACUGGUGCUAUUUCAGUACAUAUUGCCAAGCAACGAUGUCACUACAUUUUACUGCUGAUCAAACAAUAAUUAGUCUACUGACCUUUAUGGACAGCCUUUUCUUUAGUAGAUUUCAUUAGAAACUCUAGAAAUAAUAGGCAAUUGAAUGCAUACAUUGAUAAGUUGAACAAUAUAUCUCACACACCCAGGGCAAAUUAACAAAUUCCAAACAAACAUUUAGCACCUUUGAGAUUGCACCAAACUUAAAUUUGUUGUGCCAAGUAGAAAAGCAGCCAUUUCUGCUGUGUACAUAGUGACCUAUGCCUUAAUAAUAUAUUUAUGUGUGUCCAAACCCUCCAGGUAUAAAAUAGCUUUUGGAAUAAUUGACAGCUCUGUCCUUUCUGUUACAACAGGAUUAUGGGUUGUGGUAUGGUGAUAAUUUAGCAUGUAUUAUAAUUCCCCACGUCAGAUAAUUUUUUUUUACAUAUGCAUAUUUUCAUAAUUGUGGGCAUUAUUGGCAAGGAAAUAUUAAACUUUUCCUCAGAAAAGUAAUUCUAAUGCUACCAUAUUGGCAAAAGAAUGAAGAUACAGGAAACACACAUAUAGAUAAUUACAUGCAAAGUCUACCAGGUCUGUCUGGACUUUUUUUGUAUUGCUGGAUUAUGUUAUAAUAUAAAACAAGGUAUUGUUUCAUGUUAUAGGAAAAUAUUUCACCAGAUUAUGGAUAAGCAUUUUAUUCUUUUAAAACGUGUUGCCUUGCAUUUGCCCGGAAAGCUCUUGGAACAAAAUUCACUAGAGGGUAUAUCCACAAUUUUAGAAAUUUCUAAAAUUAAUAAUAAGUCAGGCACUCACAUGAAGGGCUCACAAUUCAAACAUUAUUAAGGCUGAUCUUCAUGCUGAUAUAAACACCACUAAUUGCAAUUAUGUAUUCAAUAAAAAUAAUUAAAGGUAUUUAAGAAUACAAAUAG